AUGUACCGCUGUGAACUUUGUGGGUGCUCGUUUGAAUCUGAUAAGGAGAGUUAUGAACAUGACAUAAGCGAAAAGCACCACAGAAAGUUUGAAGAGAGUGAGGCUAGAUACGGACGUCAGGCGUCUCAUUUCUGUGCAAUAUGCUAUUGUAAAAAUAUUCAAGGCAUUAAUUCCUGGCUGAAUCACACCCGCGGAUCUCGCCAUAAAUCAAACCUAAAGUCAUUCUAUGAGUAUUACGCAACGAGCGAUCAGACUGUUUCUGUCCUAGAUCCAACACAAACCGAUCACAAUGAGUCUCAAAGAAGUGAAAAAGCUGAAGCAGACACUAAUGGCUCUAAUAUACUAUCUGAGAAACGCCCAUCUGUUUGUCUUCAAUCUACGGGGGAUAGAAAACGUGAUAAACCUGUUUCAUCCAACCAGCCUUCCAAAAAACCAAAGACUACACGUACUUCAACUGCACUUGAAGGUGGAAUGAUGUUGAAUAUUCUAGAAACUAUUCAUAAGGAAUCAGUAAAUAUUUUGAAAAAUGGAAAACUAGUACAAAAAGUAAACAAAAAUUCAAAAGCUAAAAGUUCAAAUACAUCAAAACGGUCAUCUGAAAAAUUGUGUCGAAAAAAUAGAAGUAAAUACUCUACUACCACUCAGUGUAGUUCUGUUGUAGCGAAAAAUAUGAUAGAGACUGGGAUUCCUGCUUAUUCUGAAGUGAUUACUCAUCCAUUGACUCCUCAGAGGUCUAGUGUGACUAUUUCUGCAAGUGAGAGUACAAGUAAAUGUGCAGAACUUCAGUGCAUGGAAAAAGCUUUGAUAGUUUCUCAAGAACUCCAAUCACUUAAAUUAAAGCAGAAUCAACUGGAAGAGCAACUGCGAAAUAUUGAAUCUGAAUUGAAUUUGGUGAGAACCAAACGACGUGAAUUAAAGCAGGAGCGAUCCAGUCUGCUACGAGGAAUUAAUCAUUCUGAUUCUGAGGCUGAAAGUCAUGCAGAUAGUUCACGCUCUGAGCUAAUUGAUACACGACGUAAUAUCACCCUGCCAGCACAGAGACCAAAUGUUAAAGUUGUUGCUUCUAUAGCCCCUUUAGAUGCACCUGUUGAUGCUCAGUUAUUUGAUCAAAGUGCUUAUUUAUAUAACCCGAAGACAGAAAACAAACAGCAAAUUGACGCGUCUUCAUAUGCAAUAAGUAGCAAACAAUCUGAUUUUCAACAGAGUAGGAACGUUUUUACCUCUUCGCCCCUGGCUUCAGAAACUAGUCUCACACCUGCAGCAUCUAGUAUCUCACACAUUGAUGCCUCCGUACAACCGCACCAAACAAUUUCUGGUCUUCUGAACUCAGUACCUGUCAGUUCAAGUUCUAAUCCUGUUGAUUUGGGGCGUUUAGCUUUGAUACGUCAAGCUCUUCAGUCACCUGACAGCUGGCAGUUCACUUUCGAUGAAGUCGAUCAAAUGCUGAAGCAGGCAGCAGCUAAAACUUCUACGAAUGCAUUUAAUCCUAAUGCCGUAACGUUGGGACAGUCAUCCCAGAUAAGACCGACUGAAGGUCCCACGGUUCCUGCUGAAGAUAAAACUCCCUCUAUACCAAUGAAAGGUGAACCGGAUAUCUACGUGACAUCAACGAUGAAAGAACCAUCACCACAUGUUCCUGAAAAUCAUACUGUUAGCAUCAAAUCCAGUGUAUCCGGGGUUUCCAGUGUUUCAUGUCUACCUCAAAUAUCCUCCGUACGUAGCCUUCGAAGUGCAAGUCAAACAAUUAAAACACGUAACUCCUCAUCAUCUUCCUCUUUCACAUCGUCUGAUGAUGAAAACUGUGAUCAACAAAGGAAAUCUGAUGGUAAAAAUUCCUAUCCUGUGAAAGCGAAGCUGGAAUCUGAUAAAGAUUAUUCUGCUAUUCAGGCAGAAUCUACUUCAUCAAGUGUUUUAAAUAUGCUGUCGUCAUCCAAGGGUAAUAUCAAAAUUGGUGAAUUCCAUGCUUUUGGUGGCCGCACAUCAGCUGUUAUUGAUAUGGCUGUUAAUCCUGCAACACUAGUUGCUUUUAUUGGGGGACAAAAUGGCACCAUUGUUGAAUGUGAUCUCAAGACUCACCAGUGCACAUCUAAUCUUCCUCCCAGAGAUGCGAGUAUUACUCGGUUAUGCUUAAAUGUAAAAGGUGAAUCCAUUUACGUUGGUUAUUACGAUCAGUAUUUUGCUGAAUAUUGUGUGAAAACCGGUCUACUAGUACAUAAAAAUAUUUUCUCCAGUCGUAUUGAAGCAUUAGCAGCUGCUCCUUCUCCUGAUGUUCCAUUUAUAUUUAUGGGCCUUUUCGGUGGUGAGAUAUUACGUUACAAUGUUGAGACACAUGCAAUCGGUUUCUUAUGCCGACAUACAUCUGGUCACUCUCAAUCUGAAUCUGUAGGUGGUAAAACAAAAGACUCACAACAAGUAACGCAUGCAUCUCAGUCAAACGAAUCAGCUGGUGUUACUUCACUUUGUCUUGUUCAGUCUGGAACUUCAUUGUUGUUAAUUGUCGGGGGUUUGGAUCGCUCUAUUUCAAUUCGUUCAGCUAGUGACGGGGAAUUAGUAUGCUAUAUACAGAAUAAUUUACAAAAAGGACCUCCCCAGGGUAUUGCCAGCUUACCUAGUGGUUCUCUUUUUACUUCCUAUUCUGAUCGUUCCAUUCGCAUUUAUAAUUGGAAGACUGGAGUUGCUGAGUUAACUUUCCAUGUUCAUAAAAUAGCGAGUUCUUGUGUAAUGCGUCGUUAUAUUGCUGUUGGAGAUUCUGAAGGCACAGUUCGUGUUUAUAAAUUCCAACCGAAUGGAUUACCUUUCACACGACCAAUAAAAGUUUAUUUCAUAUCUGCGAGAGGUGCAGUCACCUCACUUACUUCUUCAGGAGACACUUUGAUUGCAGGAAGUUUGGACGGAUCUGUCACUGUUAUUUUGGUCAAUGAACCAGCCUCUGACUAUACAUGUUUGUAUGGAAAAAAAUGUGGUGAAAAUUGUGGUAUUGGAUUCAUGGAUCGUCGUGAUCUACUUCACCAUGUACUUAAUGAACACCUUCGGUUCGGAAGUAAGAAAACAAUCAUGUGUGGAUGGGGUGCAGGUCGCUGCAGGGUUCGAUUUACAGAAACACAAACCAUAAGGUCUAUAAGUGAUCAUCUGUUGACUCAUAUACCUGAUUAA